AUGGGUAUUGAGAGUGAUGUAAAACGUCUUUUUCAUGGUGUCGAUAUGAAGGAUAUGUAUAGUAUGUUGCGUCUCACCUUUAGGCGUAUAACUUUGGAAUUUCUGAGUUCGUUGGCUUUGCGUAGAGAUGGUUAUAGAACUGUGUCGGCGGUUCAGUUUCGCUUGAUGAACCGUAAUGUUACCAUGAGUAUAGCUGAUUUCGGUGGGAUUUUUGGUUUGUCCACCGCCUAUAGUAGGAAACCUGGUAGUGCACAUAACAACUGUACAAUGUGGGGAAAGCUGACGGGUAAUGAUAAUCCCGGUAGUAUGCAACACUUGCAUGCUUCCAAAAUACAACACCCCGUCCCUAUUGUUUUCUACCGGUUUCUGGGGUUCACAAUUUUUGGUAGAGAGGAGAACCAAAAUGUUAGGAGUACUGAGCUAGAAAUUUUAGGUGGCUAUGUUUUAGAAGGGGAAGAGAGGUAUAAAAUGAACCUAGCACAUCAUAUGGCCUCCCAACUCUUUUCUAUAGCCACUAGUACGCACACUACUCGCAUUACCGUUGGUGGGUUGAUCACCCACAUUGCCAUGGCCACAGUUAACUUUGUUGAGGCUAACCAAACCCCGGUUUUGGGUAGCAACUUACUUGAUUUGGCCUACUUUGCUGGACUUCGUCGCCUACAGGGGGAGCAUGGGUUGUUUAGGCCGGGUGCCAUGUGGUGGGUGUUCGAGGGUAACAGGCUUUUUACUUUACCUGACCCUCAGGGCCGCACCCAUUUCAGAGCCGGCCAAGCUCAUUAUUUAUAUACUAGAUUUGAGGAUGAGCCGCAGCCUAACCCGCAGCCCCAGCCUGACCCACAGCCAGAGCCCCACCAGUCCGAGCCUGAGCCUCGCACCUACUUUAGGAGGGGACGUCGACGGGAUGAGGGGAGGCCACAGGAUAGGCCUGCACUAGAGGAGGAGCAGGGGUCCAUUCAUGAGAGGUUGGGCAGACUUGAGCUCGGUUUCCAUGAGUUCGCGGCUUAUCACCAGAGGACCAUGUUCCCUUUCUAUGAUCAGUAUCCGGUUUGUUCUGUUAAAGAGGUAAAGAAACCCGAACUUAAACCUCUUCCUGCUAACCUUAAGUAUGCGUUUUUAGAUAAUGAACAACUUUGCCCUGUGAUCGUCAGUACUGCACUUGAUGCAGGCCAGUUAUCCCAACUUCUUAUUGUGUUGAAAAGGCACAAAAAGGCCAUUGGGUACAGUAUUGAUGAUUUAAAGGGUAUUAGCCCCGACUUUUGUAUGCAUAGGAUACAUCUAGAUGAAAAUCAUAAACCAUGCAUUCAACCCCAGCGUCGUUUGAACCCUGUCAUGCAAGAUGUUAAAGGGGGGACAACUGUGGUGAGAAAUGAAAAAAAUGAGUUGAUACCAACUAGGGUAGUCACAGGUUGGCGCAUGUGCAUUGAUUAUAGGCGUCUUAAUGUUGCUACUAAAAAGGACCAUUUUCCCCUUCCCUUCAUUGAUCAAAUGUUAGAAAGGCUAGCCUGUCACAAGUUUUUCUGUUAUCUGGAUGGUUAUUCUGGUUUCUUUCAAAUUCCCAUACAUCCAGACGACCAGGAAAAGACCACCUUCACCUGCCCCUAUGGUACCUUUGCAUAUCGUAGGAUGCCUUUUGGUCUGUGUAAUGCACCUGCUACUUUCCAACGUUGCAUGAUGAGUAUCUUUUCUGAUUUUAUUGAGUCUAUCAUGGAAGUGUUUAUGGAUGAUUUUAGCGUCUAUGGUACUUCUUUUGAUUCUUGCUUGCUAAAUCUGACUAAAGUUUUGAAAAGAUGUGAAGAGUGCAAUUUAGUCUUGAACUGGGAAAAGUGUCAUUUCAUGGUUACUGAAGGGGUAGUUUUGGGACAUUUGAUAUCUAAUAAGGGCAUUCAGGUGGAUCGAGCUAAGGUCCAAGUGAUUGAACAAUUACCCCCUCCAGUUAAUGUGAAGGGUGUUAGAAGUUUUCUUGGUCAUGCGGGGUUUUAUCGCCGCUUUAUCAAGGAUUUCUCUAAAAUUGUUAAACCACUUACCCAGCUCCUUCUCAAGGAUGCCCCGUUUGUGUUUACUGAUGCUUGUCUUGAAGCCUUUGACAGGAUUAAACAGGCACUGAUUUCGGCUCCCACCAUCCGUUCUCCCGAAUGGGAUAUUCCGUUUGAGAUAAUGUGUGAUGCAAGUGAUUAUGCAGUUGGGGCAGUGCUGGGUCAGAGAAAGGAGAAGGUUUUACAUGCCAUCUAUUAUGCAAGUAAGACCUUGGAUGAAGCUCAAGUUAAUUAUGCAACUACUGAGAAGGAGCUUCUAGCUAUAGUCUAUGCCUUGGAUAAAUUCCGCACCUAUCUGAUUGGAUCCAAGGUGAUAGUCUAUACUGACCAUGCGGCCCUUAAGUAUCUGCUCUCUAAGAAGGAAGCCAAGCCUAGGCUUAUUCGAUGGAUACUACUGCUACAGGAGUUCGAUCUAGAGAUCCGCGACAAGAAAGGGGCUGAGAAUGUGGUUGCAGAUCACUUGUCUAGAUUGAGGUAUGACGAUGGUAAGGGAUCUACACCGAUUGAUGAUUCAUUUCCGGAUGAUCAUUUACUUGCACUUGCCAGUCAGUCACCAUGGUUCGCAGAUUUUGCUAACUAC